GGGACACUGCCUCAGGGUUCGCCUCUCCAGCCCUCUCCAGGUGUGCCUGCAGAAGUGUUGUCUGCGGGCCACCUGGGAGCAGCGCAGCUGCACAGGAGCCAGAGCAUGUGCAGCUGCUGGGUGACAGUGGCGCUUUUAGACUGACUUGUGAUGUAGGACUCACUGUGUGGAAGGUGUACCUCAGCGACAUUAGCAGCAGACACUCCAACCUUGGGCUUUGUUAGACAGUAGGGCCAGGGAAGAGACCUGUCCACGGGAGGGAGCUCAGUGUCUCUGGUUUGGCUAUUUUUGAAUGAAUGCUUUAUAGAACACAUUUCUGUCUUAAACACUGUGAGACUUUCAGGGGUUUGCACUUCCCUUUGGCCAUGGCUGAAAACUUCCUUAUCCUGGUUCUGAGCCAGCUUCGCUGUUGCUCAGUGAGGCCGUCCCACUCUGGUUGCCUUCCCUGUGAGGUGCAGCUGAUCCCGCCGUGUGCCAGCAUGUGCAGGAGUAACCACAACAGCGCAUGUGGGUGGCCCCACGCAGCUGCUCGGGAUGCGCUCCUUUUCCUUCCAGAGGCCCUGGUGCUGUGGCCUCCCCAGCCAAGAAGGGAAAGCUACGCAAUAGGGAGCUGCUCUCCAUGUCUGCCUGAGGUGUAGAGGUGUCCCAGGUGUUAGGGUUUAGAUCUAGACUGUUCCCCCAGAAGCCCCGUGCAUGCAUCAUGGGGCUUUUGGAAGGGGAUUGGAUGGGUCAUGGGUGCAGAUGUGUGUUUUAGAAAGCGUGGAGAGUGGACUGCAGCAAGGCCAGGCUGAGGCCCCUCAACCAGGUGGGAGUCCGGGUGAUUGGAUCCGAGGACGGGGCUGGUCCGGAACUCACACUGGAGACAGAGUUGGGGUUUGGAGGGGAGACAGGCUUCGAUCAAGGAAGAGCCCUGGGAGCUGCUCAGGGCUCCGCUUGCAGGCGCGUGGGGUCUUUGUCCUGAGAGCGGUUCCAGCUAGCCUGAAGCACAGCUUUGAGUGCGAGUCACGCCCAUGAAGACUUUCCUCCUGGCCCUCAUCAGUGCACGUAGUCCAUUGCAUGUGCGACUGGUCCCUGCACUCAAGUGGCUUCUGUUGGAAGUGCUUUCCGACUUUUCCAGGCCACAGGCGCCGCUCCUCACCUGUCUGUUCCUCUCUGGACCUGUGGCUCUGCUUCUCCAGGUGCUCAGACACCACCUGCUUUGGACUCAAGAUGAUCUGAUGCCUUAAACCCUCGAUAACCAUGAUGGCCACACAGACCCUGAGUAUAGACAGCUAUCAAGACGGGCAGCAAAUGCAAGUGGUAACAGAGUUAAAAACGGAGCAAGAGCCAAUCUGCUCUGAACCGGAUGCGGAAGGAGUGAGCCCUCCUCCCGUGGAGUCUCAGACCCCGAUGGAUGCGGACAAGCAGGCCAUUUAUAGGCAUCCCCUGUUUCCAUUAUUAGCUUUGUUGUUUGAAAAAUGUGAACAGUCCACGCAAGGCUCUGAAGGCACGACUUCUGCCAGUUUUGAUGUGGACAUCGAGAACUUUGUCAGGAAGCAAGAGAAAGAAGGAAAACCCUUCUUCUGUGAAGAUCCAGAAACUGACAACUUAAUGGUAAAAGCCAUCCAGGUGUUACGCAUUCAUCUUCUUGAGCUGGAGAAAGUGAAUGAACUCUGCAAAGAUUUCUGCAGUCGGUACAUUGCAUGUCUGAAGACAAAAAUGAACAGUGAGACCCUGCUGAGCGGAGAGCCCGGAAGCCCGUACUCCCCCGUGCAGUCCCAGCAGAUUCAGAGCGCAAUCACGGGCACCCUUAGCCCGCAAGGGAUCGUGGUGCCGGCAUCUGCCCUGCAGCAGGGAAAUGUCACCAUGGCGACAGUGGCAGGUGGCACCGUGUACCAGCCUGUCACAGUGGUCACUCCUCAAGGCCAAGUGGUCACCCAGGCAUUAUCUCCGGGGACGAUCAGGAUCCAGAACUCGCAGCUCCAGCUGCAAUUGAAUCAGGACCUCAGCCUCCUGCACCAGGAUGACGGCUCAUCCAAGAACAAGAGGGGCGUCCUGCCCAAGCACGCCACCAAUGUCAUGCGGUCCUGGCUCUUCCAGCACAUAGGGCAUCCUUACCCAACAGAGGACGAGAAAAAGCAGAUCGCUGCUCAGACAAACUUGACACUGCUCCAAGUCAACAACUGGUUCAUCAAUGCUAGAAGACGAAUUCUGCAGCCCAUGUUGGACUCCAGUUGUUCAGAGACCCCGAAGACGAAGAAGAAAACGGGUCAGAACCGGCCGGUGCAGAGGUUUUGGCCAGACUCCAUCGUGUCGGGUGUGGCCCAGGCUCCGCCCAGCGAGCUCGCCAUGUCGGAAGGUGCCGUCGUGACCAUCACCGCGCCCGUGAACAUGAAUGUGGACAGCCUGCAGUCCCUGUCCUCGGACGGGGCCACCCUGGCCGUGCAGCAGGUCAUGAUGGCGGGCCAGAGCGAGGACGAGUCCGUGGACAGCGGGGAGGAGGACGGGGCCGCGCUGGCGCCCACCCACAUCGGCGGGCUGGUGCUAGAGAACAGCGACUCCCUGCAGUAGGAGAGCCCCGGAGACCCGCCUCGCGUUUUAUAGUUUGCACAGCAAGCAUUUUACACAGUUUUAUUUCUAAUAUGUUUUAUAUGUAGAUAUAGAAAAGUGCACUUUUGUAUUUCAUAGUCGGCUUAAAAACUGGGUCUUUGCCGGUGCAGCGACUUCUUUCAAGUGUGUGCGUGUGUGGGUUUUUAAAGAAAUUCUUCAAGGGUUUAACGAUAGGACUGUGAUGAAUGACCCUCACCUUGAGUCCCUAAUUAGAUUAGGAAUAGUGCUGCUGUUUUCUAAUAAAUUAUGCAGUUUUAAUUGAGUUCUGUAGCUUGCAGCAGAUGUCGGAGGGCUGCUGUGUCAGUGUCAGUGUCGCCACGGACAGACAAGCUGAUCUGGAGCCGCUGGGUAAGACAGCGGCGGCCUGCAGCAGACUACGGGUGGCAGCACUGUCAGCUCUGGCCACCGCGGUGCACCUCGGUUCCCUCGUGGUCAGAGAGCCUGUUUCAUUUGCUAUAUAUAAAAAGAAACUCCUAUUUUUACCUUGCUGGAAUUAUUGGAUAAAAAGCUAUUUUUAUAAAUUCAUUAUGAAUUGGAUUAUGACUCUAUUGAGGAUAAAAUUUCUAGAGAAGAAAUGACACAUGCUUGCAUUUCGGUUGGGAAUGUUCCGAAUCGCCCAGAUUUGAGACCCUGCCCACACUGGCUGCUGUCCCCUGGCCUCCUGCUCUCUCUCCCGGGAGGUCUGCCUUUAGUGCUGAAAAAGCAGCGACCUAACUGGACUCUGACAUCUCCAGAAGUCUGCGUCUGUGCAGUGCCAUGUUGCGUUUCACACGUGGUCUGCGCGGUACCUGAAGGUAGUGCUCAGCAGGACGUGGAUCAGUGAGGCGGAAGGAGCCACGAGCCAGCCUGAAGCCCCCGCCACCCCUACUCCAGUCUAAUUUGAAUUUGACCUCGGUUACACAGUCACUUUACUGUGCUAACUGUGUGUUGUUUUAAGGGUUUUUUUAGUCAGAAUAUGUUAUGCCUAGACUGUUGAUUAUACACUAAUAUAAAAUGUUCUCUGCUCCACUGGCUGAGAGCUGGGGUAAAUUCAGACACCGCCCUGUCUCACGUAAUUGGCGGACGUGAACGAAGUCACAGUGGCGAGCUGGACCGUGGCGGUGUGGUGUGGUGAAGCAGACCCGCGGGUCGCCUCACACACACUUGUGCUCGCGUGUUGUUGCUUCCGAGUUCCCCGAGGGCUCCCUGCUCACUCGGUCACCCCAGAUGUGGAAUAAUUUGGAGACUCCCAUGUAUCGGUGGCAAACUGCAAGAGCAGGGUGGGUUUUCUUUUCUUUGGUUUUGGUUUGUUUUUGUUCACUCAAGAGCGGAUCUUUUUCUCAGAGAGAACACCAGACACCUGGCUUGUGCAGCCUGUUUCGGCGUCACUGUGGACAGGGCCCUGCAGUCCCCACUGACAGAGGCUCUGAGGCUCCACAGCACUGACUGGCACAGACCAGGUUACACCGGGGCCUUGUUAGCAGACAGAUUGUUUUUCUGUAACGGAUUCUCCCACAAAAUAGGUGAUUCUUCAAGGGGAGUACAUCCCAGUACCCUGGUGGGCGGAGACUUCUUUAAACCCAUAUCAGCUCUUCUGGAGAGAGAAUAACGUUUUUAAUCAGCCCCUGCAUAAGUUAUUUAUAAAUAGUUUUCCAUAUUUUAAGUCAGGUCUCAUAAGCCUAAGAGAUCAUUUUAACUUUAUUUAAAUGCCAACUUUGUUGGAGUUCUUAAAACUACAACCUGGGGAGCCCAGCCGCCCCUCACCCAGCCACCUGCUGCUGGGCAGCGCAGGGAAGAGAGCUGCAGCACGCGCCCUCCUGAGUGGCCCUUGUGUCGCCUUGGUGUGGAGACCCAGCCGUGUGGAUCACGCUGGCUGGGCCUGAACUCCUGUGGGGAGGCGCAGCUGCCUUCUCCAGGGGAAGCUGGUUUCCUCAGCCCUGAACUUUGCUAACUUCAGGGAGUAACACAGAUGGUAAGAGGGGCCUGGGUCGUAGCCCGAGUUCCCGCCCCCACUCUGUGAGUAACAGAGAAGCUGUCACACAGCUGCCACGCGGCCAGCCCUGUGGCUCGGAGUCACUGUGCAGCCUGUUUGUGGUUAGUGCCUGUCCCACAGUCCUCAGUCAGUGGAGAGACGGGAGCGCGGCCUCUUGUGCUCCAUUUUACACGGCCACAUUCGAUUCCAUCCCAGCCUGGUUCUCGUUGAAUUCCUCCCAGGACAGCACCUUGCCAUUGUGUCCUGAGACCACUGCCAGCAUUGUCUUCCCUGCUGUUGGCUCACCCCAGCAAGCCCCAGCUGGUGGGCUCAGCGCUCCUGUUUUGGCAUCCAGAUAGUGAGAGGAGCAGAGUGUUUAUCCAGUGCGCAGAGUGCCCUUGACAGCUGGGCCUCCAGGCCUGGCUCUAGCUGGUGGCAGCCCAGUCCCUCCUCUGUGAGGAAGCAGGGGACACUGCUCUCGCAGACAGGCUCCAUCCCGAGGGCCCUCUCUGGCAGUUAGUGACAGGACUAACUCAGCAAUCUGCCUAUUUUAGUUAUGUUCGGUCUUUGAAACUGACAAUCUUUAAAAUGUGAAUACUGUAACAAUGUUUUCUUGGAUUGUUGUCUUUAAAAGGAUUUUUGUGAAGCAACUGAUUUAUCAAAGCAAAAAAAUUAAAAAUAGAAACAUG